GUUAUUGGCCACAAACUAUCAAACAGGAACAUUCCCCAAGUGCCUUCUGAGCUCUGCUGACUGGAAUUGGGUGAGAAGCCAUGGAAGAUGGGCUCUGUGGCUUCCUGCCAGUUCUUCUGGUCACCCAACACGUGAGCAACCCGUUUUGAUAAGACUGUUCAGUAUUAACCCGGGACUAAGACAAGAGUAUUUAAACAAACACCCGGAACCACAGUAUUAAGUAAAUCAUAGUAUCCUGCUGCACUACGGUAGUAAGACACCACUUUGCCUUGUUGGAGGAAACUGGGGACGUAGGAUCUUAGCCAAAUAUUCAAAAUGGUAAUGCAAAGAUAUCUCCUAACCUAUACGGGAGUGGUGCUCGCUUUAUACUUUCAUCACCUCAUCAGAGCCAUUGAAGUCCCUCGGGAUCCAAGUAUUCAAGAUACAUUGCCUCAACCCCCUACUAUUACAAAGCAGUCUGUGAAGGAUUAUAUUGUAGAUCCGAGGGACAACAUCUUCAUUGAGUGCGAAGCAAAAGGGAACCCCACUCCCACAUUUUUAUGGACGCGAAAUGGAAAGUUCUUCAAUGUUGCAAAGGACCCAAGAGUAAGCAUGAGACAUUGGUCAUCAGGUACACUGGAUGUUGACUUCCGUAGUGGUGGCAGGCCAGAAGAUUAUGAAGGGGAAUUUCAGUGUUUUGCUCGGAAUGACUUGGGGACAGCUGUCUCCAACAAAAUCUUUCUGCAGGUUUCAAAGUCUCCCUUGUGGCCAAAGGAAAACUUAGACAUUCAAGAGGUUCAUGAAGGUGCUCAUCUUAUCUUGGCAUGCAAUCCCCCUCCUGGACUGCCACCUCCAGCUAUCUUCUGGAUGAGCAGCUCCAUGGAGUCAAUCCACCAAGACAAGCGUGUCUCCCAAGGACAGAAUGGUGACUUGUAUUUCUCCAAUGUCAUGCAGGAGGAUGCCCUGACUGACUACAGCUGUAAUGCUCGCUUUGCCUUCACCCACACCAUCCAGCAGAAAAAUCCUUAUACCCUCAAAGUCAUGACCAAGCAUCCCCAUAAUGAAACGUCCUUUCGAAAUCACACUGACAUAUACAGUGCCCGAGGUAUCACAGAAAGGCACCCCAGCUUCAUGUACCCCAUUGGGACUUCAAGCAAUCAGAUGGUGCUGAGAGGGGAGGACCUCUUGCUGGAAUGCAUUGCCUCGGGAGUCCCAACACCAGACAUCGUAUGGCACAAGAAAGGAGGUGAUCUCCCAGCAGGCAGGACCAAGCUGGAGAACUUCAACAAGGCUCUUCAUAUUGCCAAUGUUUCUGAGGAAGAUUCUGGGGAAUACUUCUGCUUAGCUUCCAACAAAGUGGGAACUAGCCGCCACACAAUCUCGGUGAGAGUGAAGGCUGCUCCUUACUGGUUGGAUGAACCAGAGAAUCUUAUUUUGGCUCCUGGUGAGGAUGGGAGACUGGUUUGCCGAGCCAAUGGUAACCCCAAGCCUUCCAUCCAGUGGCUGGUGAAUGGAGAACCUAUAGAAAGUUCCACACCCAACCCAAGCCGUGAAGUAACGGGAGACACUGUUAUGUUUCGGGACAUCCAAAGUGGCAGCAGUGCUGUUUACCAAUGCAAUGCUUCUAAUGAACAUGGGUACCUGCUGGCUAAUGCCUUUGUCAGUGUGCUGGAUGUUAUUCCUCGGAUCCUUGCCCCUCGUAAUCAGCUGAUCAAAGUAAUUCUAAAUAACCGGACUCGUCUUGACUGUCCAUUCUUUGGAUCCCCAAUCCCCACAUUACGAUGGUUUAAGAAUGGCCAGGGAAGCACGCUGCAUGGUGGCAACUAUAUAGUGCACGAGAAUGGGACUUUGGAAAUAAUCAGGGCUCGGAAAGAAGACCAAGGAACUUACACCUGUGUGGCCACCAAUCUUCUGGGCAAAGCACAGAACCAGGUUCGUUUGGAAAUAAAAGAUCUAACGAGGAUCAUAGAUGGGCCAAAGGAUGCUGUGCCAAAGAAGGGUUCAACAGUUCAUCUAAUGUGUCGGGUUAGGCAUGACCCCACGCUGAGACUUACGGUCACCUGGCUCAAGGAUGAUUCCCCUCUGUACUUUGGAAGCAGGAUGAAGAAAGAAGAAGAUGGCCUGACGAUAUUUGGAGUGGCCGAAAAAGAUCAAGGAUAUUACACCUGUGUUGCCAGCACUGAACUAGAUCGAGACACUGCCAGAGCCCAUCUCACUGUUCUGGCUCCUUCUUCUGUUAACCGUAUGACCCUACCCAAAGCACGUCCUGAACGUCCUCGUGAUCUUGAACUAACUGACCUCGCUGAGAGGAGUGUGCGGUUGACGUGGAUUCCUGGCGAUGACAACAACAGCCCUAUCACAGAUUACAUUGUGGAAUUUGAAGAGGAUAGAUUCCAACCUGGAAGUUGGCACAACCAUUCCCGUUACCCAGGAAGCGUGAACUCUGCCAUCCUGCGCCUUGCACCCUACGUCAACUAUCAGUUCCGAGUAAUAGCUGUGAACGAAGUAGGAAGCAGUUAUCCCAGCUUGCCUUCUGAGCGAUACCAUACGAAUGGGGCACGUCCAGAAAUUAACCCCACAGGAGUUAAAGGAGCAGGAACAGCCAAAAAUAACAUGGUGAUAUCCUGGACGCCACUAAAUGCAACCCAAGUUUAUGGCCCCAACCUCAAGUACAUUGUGAAAUGGAGAAGAAGGGACACCCGGGAGAGUUGGAACAACAGGACGGUAAAGGGUGACACCAACCAGUUCACUGUCACACAGACGCCCAUCUAUACACCCUACGAGAUCAAAGUGCAGGCCAAAAAUGACUAUGGGGUUGCUAUGGAACCUGAGACCGUCAUUGGCUACUCGGGGGAAGAUUAUCCUAAGGCCGCUCCCACUGAUAUUAGACUCAAAGUUGUAAACAGCACAGCAGUCAGCCUGCAAUGGAGUAGAGUAUACCCGGAAACCGUCCAGGGACAACUUAAGGAAUACAGAGCCUACUUCUGGAGAGAAAGUAGUUUGCUGAAGAAUCUAUGGGUCUCUAAGAAAAAGCAGUCUAUGGGUUUUACUGGAGACCGGACACGGGGCAUAGUGUCCCGACUGUUUCCUUACAGCAACUACAAACUGGAGAUGGUUGUAGUCAACGGGAGAGGAGAUGGGCCUCGAAGUGAAACUCUGGAGUUCACAAUGCCUGAAGGAGCACCCAGUCCCCCAAGGUAUUUCCGAAUCCGCCAACCAAACCUGGAAACCAUCACUAUGGAAUGGGAACACCCUGAACACCCCAAUGGCAUUCUUAUUGGAUACACCCUUAGAUACCAAGCCUUUAAUGGAUCCAAAAGUGGCAGAACAGUGGUGGAAAACUUCUCUCCUAAUCAGACAAAGUUUAUACUCCAGAGGACGGAUCCCAUAUCACGCUAUAGAUUCAACCUGCGUGGCAGGACACAGAUUGGGGAAGGUGAGCCUGCCACGGGGGAGUCACCACUUCCACUGAAUGAAGAUAGAUUCUGGCAGAAGAAAAUGGCUGCCAGCAGCCUGCUGGGAAGAGCUUUGUUUGCUACCUCGGUUCUUCCAACCUCAGUUGUAAUCUCUCCAACAACCAUCAGCCCUACUACCAUUGUGGCCACCACCACCACCACCACAGAAGCUACUACUAUCACAACCACCACAGAAGCUACCACCACAACCACCACCACAGAAGCUCCAACCACCACAGAAGCUCCAACUACCACAGAAGCUCCAACCACCACAGAAGCUCCAACCACCACAGAAGCAGCCAUCACCACAAUUAUUGCUAGCACAAUAGGUAUCCCAGUAGAGGAUUCUGCUGGUGGUGCAAAGCAGCCUAUCUGGGAUGUAAAAGCUUCACCUAACAGUAACUGGGCAAACAUCACCUGGAACCACACGUUUGAUCCUGAAACUGAGUUUGUGGUUGAAUAUAUCAACAGUAACAAAACAGUGAAAUCUUCCCCUGCUAAAGGCUUUUUGGAGCUGGUUGACCUGACUCCUGGGGAGAAGUACAUAGUGCGGGUUUUUCUCAAAGGGAAUGAUACUAUCAGCUCGAACGUAACCUUUCAGACAAGUCCAGCCUAUAACAAGAACCAAGGGGACAUUGCAACUCAGGGCUGGUUUAUUGGACUGAUGUGUGCCAUCGCUCUCCUGGUCCUGAUUUUGCUGAUAGUUUGCUUCAUUAAGAGAAGCAGAGGAGGGAAAUAUCCAGUGCGAGAAAAUAAAGAUGUACCCCUGGACCCUGAUGACCAGAAGGUAGAUAAUGGGUCGUUUGAUUACAGGUCUCUUGAAAGUGAUGAAGACAACAAGCCGCUGCAGGGCAGUCAGACCUCUUUAGAUGGCACGAUAAAGCAACAAGAAAGUGACGACAGCUUGGUGGACUAUGGCGAAGGAGGCGAAGGGCAGUUCAAUGAGGACGGCUCCUUUAUUGGCCAGUACACAGUCAAGAAGGACAAAGAUGAGACAGAAGGCAAUGAGAGUUCAGAAGCCACAUCACCAGUUAAUGCUAUCUAUUCCUUGGCAUAACGCAAUACACUGAAACAACAACAACAACAGCAGCAGCAGCAGCAGCAGCAAGAAGAAGACAUAUAGCCCAUGUGGGUCGGCAAAGUCACCAUCAACAGAAAGCAACUAGGGUAGGACCACAGAGAGCAAACAAAAACCCGACCAGGUGGUCACCAGGGCCACCAUCUCUUUCGCAAACAAAGCAAAUGGCAUCGAUGCACCGGCUGCCGAAGCAAUCUUACUGCAGCUGAAAUCUGAGCUGACCCACAAGAGACCAGUAGAAGAGCAGGAUGCACAGAUUCUACACCCCAGGCUUCAGAACUCAAACUGAAAUAAACACCCCUCUAUACCCCCUAUGUCUAAUUUGUGAGAUAAUGCAACUCCUUUCAUUAAUAAUGUACACAGCUGAUUUUUGAUUUUGAUUUUAUUUUUGGUUGUUGUGUUUUUUUAAAAGGCUUCAAAGUUAUUCUCAGAAAAAGAAAUGCCCAAACAUGGGGGAAAUCUGGAGUGAGAGGGGUGGAGAUGAGAGUAUAAUCCCCCGGUAAAAGCAGCAUGAAACCACAUUGCGGAAUCGGCUACUGGUAAAAACGAGGCUGUUUUAUUAACAGGAACCUUGAUGGCAGUUUAUUUCUGUCGGAGAUCAUUGCAGCCAGGCUCUGGCUUAAUAAUCCUCACCGAGCAAGGUGCAGGAUAUUCCUUCCUAUAAGAAGAAAUGGUACUAUAUUGGGCUUCAGUGUGGAAGCUAUGCGCAUGGGGAGGGGGGUACUUGUUGCAUUGACCCAAACUGUCUGUGAUCUCAGUUAGUGCUAUACAAGUAUUGGUUCUGAUGCAGGUGUCACCGAGGCAAGGUUUUCUUCCCUCUGCCCAUGCUAUUUAGCAUCUUUCUCCAAAGAAAGAGUUAAAUGGAAACAGUUGCAUCUUUCUGCUAAUCCAGGGUAGGAAAACAUAAUUGGGUUAUUGUUUUCCUGGAUAAAUUAUUGGGGUUGGGGGUUGUUGUCCAUUCUUGCUGAAAGUAGUCAUUCCUCCCUAGGCUCACAUGUGGUGUUAAUGGCCAUUCCGUGAACCUGCAUGUAGCAGGAAAGGGAGGAAGGGUGACCAGGGAAGAGAAACCAGUCUAUGCUUUCCUACCGCUAACCAAAAAAGAAUGGUACCUACUAAGAAUAAACUAGCCUGGCAUUAAACCCGCCAGCCACUUCUGUGAAAAGUUCAGGGAUUUCCAUUCCUUAUAUGUUUGAUGCAAAAGUACAAAGGCACUCAGAAUCCACCCUGAUUCAUCUUUCCAUUGUUCCUAUCAUUUGCAUAUCAGUCAGGGUUACUUCUUUCUUUUUUUCCCUUUUUCUUUUUUUGCUUUCAAGGUAAAAGCCUCUCUGACACAUGCAGGGGCCUCAAUUAGCCCAAAAGAGGCUUUUUCCAGUACUUAAGUAAGCAGCAGCAUGGAGCUCACACUAUCUUGUUAGUUACACAUCAAAGGCACUCAAGCUAACUUGCUAACACGCAGCAAACCUGUUUUCCUCAGAUACAGAUUCUGUUGUGACACUGUUCUUCCAUAUAUGCCUUAAACAGCUUCAUGCUUUCCCUGAAGCUUAAUAAACUAUGAAUAUUUACCCGUAG